UCCAAGGGAACCGGUAAAUGUGUGACAGCGAUGUACUCCCUCAACCCAGACACUGGAGUUGUGGACGUGUUCAACUCCCAGGAACCUGUUAGCUCCAGCACGGCGCGCAGCAUCAACGGAACUGCGGUGCUGGAGGACUCGAACAAAAUGGAGGGCAAACUGCUUGUCACUUUCCCAAUUCCAAUUAUUCAAAGGAUUACAUCGAAAUACUGGGUGUUGGAUACUGAUUACUCCAACUGGGCAGUGGUGUGGUCUUGUUUCAGUUUAGGGUCCCUGGCACAUUCAGAGUCGGCGUGGAUCUUGGUCCGCCAUAGGGAUGGUGCAAAGGAAGACAAUGAUAACGGAGAUCUGGAAAUUGAUUCCGUUCUUAAUCGAGAAGGCAUUCCGAGAAGUCGGUUCAAAAAGACUGAUCAAGAGAACUGUUUAAUGCAAUGAUAGUUGCAUUAGAAUCUCAACAUUUUAUGUUUUACUUAAGGCUAAUUUUUAUUAAUUAAUGUUUCUUAAUAAUCAUUGUUAUAUGACAGUUACUAUUUGUUACUAAUUUUAUGUAUAUG